AUGGUUCACUUCUUGCACCCGAGCCUCUCGCCCCGUACCAUCGUCAUUCCCGACGCUCAGAAGGAUGCCCUGGGCUGCUGCGUGGUGCAGGAGGAGGCAUCUCCCUACUCUUUGGUCAACAUCUGCCUGAAUGUCCUGAUUGCUAACCUGGAGAAGUUGUGUUCUGAAAGAUCUGAUGGAACAUUGUGCCUUCCGGAGCAUUGGAGUUUCCCUCAGGAAUUAGCUGAUCGUUUCCUUGAGGUGAUGACCUGGAAAGGCAUGCUGACUGAUAGAACAGCGAGCAUUUUCCGAGGCAACCAAAUGAAACUAAAGCUGGUCAAUAUUCAAAGAGUUCAGAUCUCUACAGCUGCAUUUAUAAAAGCUUUCUGCCAUCACAAACUCAUUGAACUGGAUGCUACUGCAGUGCACACUGACCUCCCAAUUCCAGACAUCAUACGUGGACUCUGCAGCAAUAGCUGGAUCCAGCAAAACCUCCGCUGUCUCCUGUUGGACUCGACAAGUAUCCCUCCAGAUUCAAGACCACUGUUCUUUGGUCAGCUCACUGGUCUUCGCAUUUUAAGUGUUUUCAAUGUUUGUUUUCAUAGUGAAAACCUGGCUACUGUUUCUCAGUUACCAAAAUUGGAAAGCUUGGAUAUCUCCAAUACUCUGGUCACUGACAUCUCUGCACUCCUUACCUGUAAGGAUCGACUCAAGUCUCUCACAAUGCACUAUCUGAAAUGCCUGACCAUGACCAAACCACAAAUUCUCGCAGUCAUUAAAGAACUUAAAUGUCUGCUUCACCUGGAUAUUUCUGAUCACAGGCAACUCAGAUCAGAUUUAGCUUUUCAUUUGCUGCAGCAGAAGGAUAUUCUGCCUAAUGUUGUGUCACUGGAUAUUUCGGGGGGCAUUUGCAUCACUGAUGGAGCUGUAGAAUUAUUUAUACGGCAGCGGCCUGCAAUGCAAUUUGUGGGACUAUUGGCUACGGAUGCUGGUUAUUCUGACUUCUUUACUACAAAGCAAGGCUUGAGGGUUGCUGGAGGAGCCAAUCUGAGUCAGAUUUCAGAAGCAUUGAGCCAAUACAGAAAUAGGUCUUGUUUUAUGAAGGAAGCUCUCUACAGGCUCUUUACAGAGACUUUUUCAAUGCAGGUGACCAUGCCUGCUAUUUUAAAGCUUGUGGCUGUAGGAAUGAGGAAUCAUCCAUUGGAUUUGCCAGUGCAGUUCACAGCCAGUGCGUGUGCCCUCAACUUAACACGCCAGGGCCUGGCCAGGGGCAUGCCUGUUCGUCUGUUGUCAGAGGUCACCUGUCUACUUUUCAAGGCUCUGAAAAAUUUCCCCCACUAUCAGCAGUUACAGAAGAAUUGUCUUCUCUCCUUAACCAAUUCCAGGAUUCUUGUGGAUGUUCCAUUUGACAGGUUUGAUGCUGCCAAGUUUGUUAUGAGUUGGCUCUGUAAGCAUGAAAACCCCAAGAUGCAAACAAUGGCAGUGAGCAUCACUUCUAUUCUAGCCUUGCAGCUCUCCCCUGAGCAAACUGUACAACUUAAAGAAGAGCUCUUCAUGGCAGUUAAAGAACUUCUAGCAAUAGUAAAACAAAAGACUACUGAGAAUUUAGAUGAUGUCACCUUCUUGUUUACCUUGAAAGCACUUUGGAAUCUUACAGAUGAGUCUCCAGCUGCCUGCAAGCACUUUAUUGAAAAUGAAGGAUUGGCAAUCUUCAUCCAAGUCUUGGAGACUUUUUCAGAGUCAGCAAUACAAAGCAAAGUACUUGGUCUUUUGAACAACAUAGCUGAAGUCAGAGAACUCUCUUCCAAGCUGGUGACUGAAGCUGUGGUGAAGCAUAUCAGCAUCUUGCUCCAUAGCAAAGAAAUAGAAGUCAGCUAUUUUGCUGCAGGCAUCAUAGCCCACCUGACAUCUGACAAACGGCCCUGGAUAUCUUGUGAUCUUCAGAGGAAUGUUCUUCUCCAGGAUCUGUAUACAACCAUCCAGAAUUGGCCAAGUUCAAGUUGUAAGAUGACAGCAUUGGUGACCUACAGAUCCUUCAGGGCAUUUUUCCCGCUCCUUGGCAACUUCUCUCAACCACAGGUUCAGCUCUGGGCACUAUGGGCUAUGUAUCACGUCUGCAGUAAAAACCCCAGCAAAUACUGCAAAAUGUUAGUUGACGAAGAAGGAUUGCAGCUUUUGUGCGACAUCCAGGAGCACAGUGAGGUAGACCCCCAAGCCCAGCAGAUUGCAACUUCCAUUCUAGAUGAUUUCAGAAUGCAUUUCAUGAAUUUUCAGAGACUCCCUUUGUGUUGAAUGCCCUUCCUAACCUAAUGGGCUUCAGAGGUACUCUCUGUUCCUCAACAGCCAGACUUCUGCCCUGUCAGCAAUUGAAUGUUGAAACCCCUUGUUGUUGGAGUUUGUGAGUUGGCCAUAUUUUAUUGCUGAUUUUCUGUAAGUUAUGAAAAGGUUGCAUUUGUAUGAUGGCCAUGAUCCCAAUCAAGUUGGAAUCAUUCUGAGAACACUUCUUCAGCAGAUUUGAGAUACCGAGCUCUGGACUCGGGGAAGACCUGCGAGCUUGUGUCGGAACAUCUACACCAGUUACCUGUCUGUAGCCCUGGCCAAUUCCUUAACUCCGGGAGUUUUUCAGAGGAAGGGGAAGAGAAAGGCCUGCAGGGAGACCUUGAUAUUUACGUUAAAUUUCAUGUUUGAAAGAACUUUCCUCAGUUGUUAUUCCUGGUUAUGCUCAGCGCUCAGCCACUGGAAAAGAAGUACAUGAAAAAUGUUCUGGGAAAUAUGUGCUUAUAAAUGUGUUAUUUGGAAGACAGAACCUCUGUUGGAGGGGAGGAAAAAGAAAAAAAAUACCUUUUUUUACCAAAAAAAUACCAAAGUAUCCUCCCCUUGGGUAGAGGGAAGAGAAAUAUAUUUUUUACAAUUUUCAAUAUUCUACUCUUGGCCUUCGUCCCUCCAACUUUACACAUUAGACUGAGUAGCGUAACACUCUACGUAUGUGUGUGCUGGAGGGGCAGGGAGCGACUUAGGACUGAGAAGAGAGUGUUUGGAUGAAAGAUUGUAUGGGAACUGUAAAUCUCAAUCCCUCAAGUAUUUAAUUUGAGUGGGACUGUGACCCAAAACUAAGAGGAAGAGCAACAAAAAGAGUUUGCCAAAGAUUUAACGAGGUGCUUUUCUGAGAACCAUCCUCACCACAGUAUAAACCACGAGAAGCUUUUGUUUGUGACCUCUGCAAAAACCUCCUCUGCAGAAUAGAGUGUGAACUCCUUCCUUGCCUUAUUGUUGACAAAUAACAAAACAUAUUUUGCCAUUCGUCUGUUUAAGUUUUUUCAAAGAACAAAAAUAAAUUUCUUUUUUAUUAGUAGCAUAUUUUAAGACUAGAAUUUUGUUUUCUUCGCUGUCCACUCUUAACUGGAGUGCUAUAUACCAUCUUUUGGAAUCAAAUGAGACUUAUUCUAAAUCAUAUUCCAAACUACUGCUCACCAGUGUCCCUCCCACUGGUUAAGGGGAAUUUGUAACCUACUUCCUUCCACAGUCCUGAAACUGCACUGUAUUUUCUCUCAUUUACUCUUCUGCCUGAUUUCAAAAGGGGUAUUGGUUUUCUGACAUGGAUUCUAGUACUUUGGAACAUUCUGUUACCAGAUACUAGCUUUUGCUAAUGGGAUGGUGUAGUGGGAACUAGUGACUGUUGAGGUCCAAUUGUACACGAGGCACCUCUCCAAGUUUUGUGUCAUUCACAAUAAUCCUCUGGAGUAGCUAAGUUUUAUUCUCCCCA